AUGCAUUUCCAUCGCGGCUUGAUUCUCCUGGGUCUGUCUAUCACCAGCGUGCUUGCUGCUCCGACUCCCGUGGAUGCACAGGCCGAUGGAGAGAACGCAGUAGCUGGUGUGGAUGGCCACUCGACUCGCACCAAGUGGUUUACCAAGUACAACCCCGAAAAGCGAGACGUUGAGAACACCGAUGACGAGGUAUCGGUCGACGGACACUCGACUCGGACCAAGUGGUUCACCAAGUACCCCCCGGUGAAGCGAGACGUUGACGAAGUCGAGAACACCGACGAGAAGGCCUCAGUCGAUGGCCACUCGACUCGCACCAAGUGGUUCACAAAAUAUAAGCCCGAGAAACGCGAGACCGAGAGCGUCGACGACGAAGCAUCCGUUGACGGCCACUCGACCCGCACUAAAUGGUUCACAAAAUACCAUCCGGAGAAGCGAGACGUGGACGAAGUCGAGAACACCGACGAGGAGGCCUCGGUCGAUGGCCACUCCACGCGCACCAAGUGGUUUACCAAGUAUAAGCCAGAAAAGCGUGAUGUCGAGAACACUGACGACGAAGCAUCUGUUGACGGGCACUCGACUCGCACCAAAUGGUUCACCAAAUACAAGCCUGAGAAACGCGACGCCGAGAACGCUGCCGACGACGACGACGCUUCCGUUGACGGUCAUUCCACCCGCACCAAGUGGUUCACCAAGUAUAAGCCCGAGAAGCGAGAGGACUAA